CUGAGGAGGGAGGACAGCAGAUGUGAUAAAGUAGGGAGAGAGACAAUGCCCUCAGAAAUGUGUAACACUUCUGGACAAAAAAGACCUCCAUAACAAAACUAAUUUAUAAUGUGAGGUAUAAAAAACAUCAGAUUGGUCACGCUACCAGGGCUCCUCUCUAAACCAGACUUCUAGUAACUUUUAGAGGUUCAAAGAACAAGAAGAGUCUGAGGGACGAGCUGGUGUGGAGACCUUCAUCAUUGACGUGAUGAAGAAAAACAGAAAGGUACUUGUUGGCCUUUGGGAGGAGCUGGCUGAAGAACUUGUGAGAUUUCCUUCACCAAACCUGACAAGGAUACUGGAGGAGGUGACAGAGGGGGGCCCAGACAUUUUCAAGAAAAUCCAGACCAUUCUCCAGCUCCCUCCCAUUAGAGCUCAAAUAAAAGGCCUCCAGAAGAAACACAAAAGAGUUGUGUCUGAAUCUACAAAAACUCUGGAGAAGGAGGAGCAGUCUUUUCCUGGAGAUCCAAGUGCUUUGGGCUUGGAUACUGGAUAUGCAGAGCUGGUGGUCAUUAAAGAGUACAGAAGAACCAACAGUAAGACUUGGCAUGAACUUUUGAAGACUGGGAGAACUCAUGAAGAAAUGAUGGAGGAAAAGACAAAGCACAAAUAUGAGCAAAUCUGGACCUGAGCAACUUUUCACAAGGAAUCCUAGAAGUAAAUCUCCCUCCCAUAUCGUAGUGGUCAAUGGAGUGGCUGGAAUUGGGAAGACCACCAUGGUUCAGAAGAUCAUGUUUGACUGGGCCAGAAGCUGUCACUACCAGAGGUUUGCAUUUGUGUUCCUGUUUAAAUUCAGGGAGCUUAAUCUUCUGGACGCAGAGGUGAGCAAGAAAUGUCCUUGACCAGGCUGAUUGCAAGGCACUAUAAACAUCUCAGUGACCAAAAACUGGAAGGACUCCUACAGAAACCCAAAUCUCUCCUCUUUAUAUUCGAUGGGUUGGAUGAAUACAAACACAAAGUGGAGUUCACAGAGACACAGCUCUGCUCUAACCCAAAUGUCCUCUUUCUUGUCCAAGUCCUGGUCACUAGUCUGGUCUGCCAGACAUUACUGAAGGACUGCUCAGUCCUGAUCACAAGCAGACCAACAGCCCUGGCAACUCUGGACAUGAACAGAGUUAAAUUGGUAGAUAUCCUGGGGUUCCUUCCUGUGCAAAGGCUGAUGUACUUUAAGAAGUCUUUUGGUGAUGCUGAUCUGGGCAUUAAGGCUUUUCAGUAUGUGGAGGAGAAUACCAUCCUUUAUACCAUGUGCUUCAACCCUUCGUACAGCUGGAUUAUCUGCUCUGUGUUGAAGAGCUACUUUAUGGCACCUGAAGAAGAGCGAGGAGCCGCCCCCAGCACUGUCACCGAGCUCUUUGUGAUGUUCCUUCACAACAUCCUGACCAAGCACAGGCAAGAAGCUGAGGACCAGCGGGGGAUUCUGAUAAAACUAGGAAAGAUGGCUUUUUAUGGGGUGGACAAAAGGAUUCUUUUGUUUUAUAAAAAUCAAGAGAUACCCACUUUUGGUCUCCAGCCAGUCCUGUGCUCUCCAUUCUUUUCUGGGUUCCUCAAAGAAAUCCUGCAAAGAGAAAGCACUCUGAAGCAAGGAAUAAAACCUGUAAAUUACAGAAACUGAGGUCAAGGAACUUUGCCCAUGAAGUUUACGUAAUGACGGUGCAUUAAUUUGUUUUUAAUUUCUAUGUGGAGGCUCCAGGUCAGGCUGAAUCGUCACAUAUGUAAUCAGAUCUGAGGAGUUGAAUUUUGACUUGCUAUUUAUUCCAAGUAAAUCAAAUUUGUUUCUUGCACUCACCCUGAUUAACUCACUCAUGUCUACAAGCUGUCAUCUUGUGGCCUCAUCUCUGGAUGUUGUUCAGCUCUCUCGUCGGCCCUCUCUGCUGAACACUCGCGUCUAACUGA